AGCUCUGGGAAAAGAUUGCCAACCCAUUAGCUUCUAUAGUAGUCUUCACCAAAAGUCAGAUGAAGAGUACUUGCAGUCCCUCUCUGUUGAUAUUCAAUGGCAUAAUGAAGACAUACGGCAUUCUUUCAAAGAAUCAGCCAUGCUGGAUGAUGAUCUGUUCCAACAGAAAAGGCAGAAAACAACCAUGAAGGAGACUGAAAUACCCAGUAGUGGUGAAGACAAGAAUCAGACAAUCGAGACAGUCAAAACAAGUCUCAAUGAAGUCAUGGUUGACCUAGAAACUGGACUUGCCCCCAACAUGACAAACAAUGAUGACUAUCUGACAGCUGUUAAAAAGUUUUGUGAAAACUACUGGAAAUGUCGAGGAAAAUCAACACAUCCACCGACCAAGCAGCAGCGUUUGGUUUCAGCAUUACACACUUUUGGCAGUCAUACAGGGAUAACAAAGCACAGGCAAAGAAUUCGGGUGCAGCCUACAGCCCUCAGCAGACGAAAACACAUGAAAAAUUCAAGCUCUGUUCCUGCAAAAGCUGGCUGCCCCGGUGUGUUUAAUAGUAGGAGAUCAACUCAAACAACUCCUUCUGUCAGUAGGUAUGUGAUGCCGAAGCGAAUACAAAAGAUAAAGAGACAGCACAGUCUGUCCGCCAGUAUUCAGCAGAACAGCAAAAAUGCUUGACAGAGUUUAUUAUAAACUUUAUACUUAGAAGCAUGUUUACUAUAGAUAUACAAUGUAAGGUAUAGAUUACGUGUAAGCCCAUGCAAUGUUCCUGAAGAACUAAAAAGUUAAUCUAUGUCUACGUGACUAUACGUACCGUAGUCUAGCUACUAGUAGUCUGCAUAUUUUAAUAGAUAGAUAGCUGUAUUACGUGUACA